AUGGGAAUCGUGGAGCUGUGGACCCUCUACGCACUCGCUGUCUCCUUCACGUGUCUGCGAACAUACGCCAGGAUUACCGCCGUGGGCCUCCGCGAGCUACAGGUAGAUGACUACCUAGUUUGGAUUGCCAUCCUGAUUUACACCGCCCAAUGCAGCCUCGGGUACAGCCUGGGAGUGCACGUACAUGGUCUCGCAAAUGAUGGCAUGACGCCGAAAGAGCGUGCUGCGCUGACGCAAGACGACCCCGAGUAUAGAUUGAGAGUCAUCGGAUCUAAGAUUCAGGUAGCUGGCUGGACCACCUCUGCCUGCCUACUUUGGUCUCUCAAGCUAUGUGUAGCAGCAUUCUACCUUCGUCUCACGGCUGGCCUAGGGAUGUAUACGGCCCGCAUUUACAUCGCUUUCGUGUCUAUAAUCACCAGUUUCGUGAUUAUCAUAUUCACCAUAUAUCUCUCCUGUCGACCAUUCUCGCACUACUGGCAGAUCAGUCCCGAUCCCGGAAACUCGUGUCAAGCAGCGGUAUCGAAGCGUCUAAUCUGGGUUACAUUCGUCUUCAACGUAUCCACCGACGUGUAUUUGCUACUGAUACCGAUUCCCAUGUUAGGGAAGUCGAGAUUGAGGACGUACAAGAAGAUUGCCGCUAUGCUCGUGCUUGGCGCUGGCAUGCUCGUUAUUGUGUGUGCAAUACUGAAGAGCAUCUAUCUUAUCACGGAUCCUUUGAACAGUGCUGAGCUCACCGCCUCUUGGGGUACUCGCGAGACCUUCAUCGCCAUAUUUACCACCAAUCUGCCCAUGAUCUUCCCGCUGCUCAAGAACUGGCUCGCGCCCUUGCUACCCAGUACAAUCGGCUCUAGCAACGCAAAAGGGCAAGAACCCCCAGGCAGUGACUUCGAAACAAUUGGGGGAGGAUCCGGGCCCGGUGGAAAACGGGCUAGUCGAAGGGCGCCGCACCGGGCGCGCCACACUUUCGGGGGCCUGACGCUUGAUAACGAGAGUGAGGAAGACAUGAUCAAAGGAGAUGAUGUGGCCAUGCAUCGCAUGCAGGGCAACGCUCCUGAAUCAGAUGGGAAGAACACGAUCGUCGUGUGCAGCGAGGUCAGCGUGACGUCCAAAGAUCAUAGCGGUGUUCAGAGAAAAGCAUCAUUCCAGAUCAUGUAG